UUAGCUGCUUGAGUGUAUUUAGUUUAGCCGGUUGAAAUUAUCGGAUCAGAUUAAAGCAGCGGCUUCACGGUGUGCUGUUAACGCCGCGGCUCACGGACUGUGUGUUGCUCCAGGUGAACAGCAGCACCGCGGCGCCCCGACGAGCUCGUUAGCGUUACGCCAAAAUAACCAGGAGCCAAACUGUUUUCGUAGCUACUAGUUGUUUUUUCCUCAUAGGGAUAUAACGAAGCAUUUCCGAUAUGUCUUCAGACGAAGACAGGGCCAAGGAAAUUUUGAAGGGCUUCAAACUGAACUGGAUGAAUCUUCGGGAUGCUGAGACUGGCAAAGUGUUGUGGCAGGGAACCGAUGAUCUGUCUCUACCAGGAGUAGAACAUGAAGCUCGAGUUCCUAAGAAGAUCCUGAAGUGUAAAGCAGUGUCCAGAGAACUGAACUUCUCCUCCUCAGAAAAGCUAGAGAAGUUCAGACUGGAGCAGAAAGUUUUCUUCAAAGGACAGUGUCUAGAAGAAUGGUUUUUUGAGUUUGGUUUUGUCAUCCCUAACUCCACCAACACAUGGCAGUCUCUGAUAGAAGCAGCUCCAGAAUCCCAGAUGAUGCCAGCCAAUGUUUUAACUGGUAAUGUGAUCAUAGAGACAAAGUUCUAUGAUGAUGAACUUCAUGUCAGCACCUCCAGGGUACGACUCUUCUACGUCUGACCUCCAGCCCCUGACCUUGCCCUUUCCAACGCCAACUUCCUGCCAAGGUCUAUAAAUUUCCAAGUUCAGCCCCACUUUGCAGGCGUAAUGAUGUGUUCAUGAGAAGUGGGACCUAAGAAGUUUCCAGCUUGGAACUUCCUACUUUCCACCUCAAAACAUUGAAGUGCUUGAGGACAGAACAAAAUGGACGCCUGAAGUUUAAAAAAAAAAAAAAAAAAAGUUUGUUUUGGCUGUUUUCAUCACAGCAGCAUCUUAAUACGGGUCACACCUCCAGAACCCAAGAAGAAGAAAAAAUGUCUACGAGGAUACUGUUUGCUUUACAUUCUUUUGUAACAAUUUGUAUUAAUUAAUAUGGGUUAUUUCUCUACAUGUGUGCUUCUCUGACUCAUUACACCAUUGUUGUUCAAGUAUUUGCACCACAAACAUCGUUGUGUUACAUAUUUUGGUUAUAUGACAGAACAGCAUCAUUGAGGAAGCUCCCGAGUUUCCAACCAGAAAUUAUGAAUUUGAGGAUAAUUUAUAUGGAUUUUUCCUACUUAGAAGUUGAAAACUUCCUAGUUCUGACUUCUCAUGAACGCAGAAAAGAUACUUUGUUGUUGACCUGGCAUGUCAUUGUCUUGACCUGAAUAGUUUUGUAGACCUUGGGAGGACAGGGAAGAAGAAAAGGAGAGAGAUUUCUUCCAUUGUUCUUCCAUCUUUCCAUGGUUUCCACUGUUCCCAAAUUAGCUUUCUCUCUGCCUUUUCCACAACUGACUGUUCCACUGUAAAUAUAUCACCACUGAUCUCAAGUAAGCCAGGGAGCCGCUCUGUAAAUUAAUUGAUUUGUACUUUUUUUUUCACUCUCACUCCAAGGUUGUGUUUACUCAGGAACAGAAAAUCAGAUUUGGGAUUUGUAGCCCAGAUUGGAUAUUCUCAUGGCUGUCUAAACAUGAAAAAACUCGGCUUGUGCUUUGUCUCUGUUUAGAUAGGCACAAGAUCUGUGUGAUAAGUUCAAGAUGAAAUGCUUUGGAUCAGUGAGAGAGCAGCCUAACUCCUCUACCAGAGCUGCAUUCAACAAGAGGUUUGGAUUGUGAAACAGCCAGCGUUUGCUUAUACAGGCAAACGUUUGUUUUGGUAGUCUAGCCCGGUGGUUCUCCACUAUGCACCAUCGAGGUUCAUGAGUCUACAGGUUUUCAUUCCAACAGCACAUUACAGCGACUGCUUUCACUAUUAGGUCCUCCUCUCUGGUUGAAGGUGUGAGCAGUGAAGUCACCUGCUGUAGUGUUUGGUUGGCAUGAAAAUCUGCAGACUUGCAGGUCAUUAUUAUGGCGUAUGUUUGAAAACCACACAGUUAGAAAGUACUACAUUCGUUAGCAAACAGCCUGAGAAGGAGGUCCAUGGCCAGUAUUAGUUUUUUUUUCCCUUUUAGUGUCAUGUUUUGCAACCAUAUUGCUGAUAUUUGGCUUUAAAGAGUAAGGCUGUGAACACGUAGCAUUUUUUUUGUCCAACUGCCACUGCCUUUUUACACAGAAUCCUAUGGGAAGCAGCUGCUCCUUAAAAAUGCUGGACCCGGCGCAUUUAGAAGUUGAAUAUAGCUGAUUUUUUUUUUUUUUUUUUUUUUUUUUUUUUUCAGAAAAAGCAUUCUGACGUCAGCUGCUUUUUUACUAACCAGGCAAGCAAGAUGAGGACAGAGCAGAAAAUGCCAGCAUAAACUCUUGUUUUCUUAGUACAGGAAAUGUUCACUAAAAGAUAGCUGCUACAACAGCGAACACAAAGAGGUACCAGAUUGGGAGAUUGUUGGGAAUAUCUGGUAAGCAUUUCACAAUCAAGUCUACUGUUUUUCUAGCCAGAAAUGCCAGUUAAUGUUAACUGGUAACAUUUAGUGUGGCCUUCAUUGUCCAACUCUUCAUUGCCAUCUUUAAUUGUGUUUACUGAAAAUGUAAACAAUGUAGGUCACCAGUGAAAUCAGCUGCGCCAAGGAUCCAGUGCAUCGACUUCAUCAUUGGAGCCAACAGCACAAAGUGCUCUUGGCAGCGCUUUCAUUCAUUUCAAAAAAACGCUACGUGGUCACAACCUAACUGAACCCCAAACUCACCUCAGAAUAAAGCCUGACAUUAAAUAGUGGAAGGCAGGGUACUAAAUUGGGCAUCUGCAACUCACUGCUCUUUGGUGCCAGAUGAUAUCACCACUUGUACUGUGGCGAGGGUGACAUCUGGCACCAAAGAUCAGCCAGUGGCAGAUGGCCAGUUAGAUGUCAGACUUCACUCAAGACUUUGAUUCAGGGUUUGGUUACUCUUUGAGGUAAUGACAUUUACACAAAACCUUGACGCUUCAACUGAAUCAUGACAUUGUCAUCAUAGAAACUGAAGUGGGUAGAAAGAGCAUAGUAUAGGUUGGGCUGCUUGUAGGUUUGUGUUGCCAGUAAACCAACUAGAUCUCUCUGUCAUGGUGUGCACAGCUCACAGCAACAAUAAAGGGGGAAAGUUAACACAUAGAGUUCAUUAAAGUUAUUGUUGUUAUACUAAAGUCAUUAAAAUGAUUUGAAGCUAAUUCAUGGCCUAUCUCAGGUAAAUGUUAAUAUUAGCUAGUUCGAUGUUGUCAGCUAAUCCUAAUUAGCUGCAUUUUUAUUUUUUAUUUUUUUUUUAUCACAUUAAGUAAUGUUAUGGAAGAGCCAACAAUAAUCUACCAAGUAAGGCUCAACUCCUUGGAAAACAAAUGUUUUUGUUUGAAUCAAAUAUGUUUAUUUUCAGAAUACUUUAAUUAUUCUCAUGUGAAAACAGAGCAUGUUUCUUUUUAGCUGUGCAUCAGGCCUAAGUUAAAUCAGCCAAGGUAAACAAAUUCUUCUGCCAUUGCAGUAACAUCUGUGAAUGCUCCAGCUGUUUCCAUGGCAAUGAGAACCACCCGGAAAUAAUCUGAUUUGCCGUGAACCAAAGGCCUAUGCCCAUUCUAUCCAGUUCAGUUUCUGUGAUGGUCAUGUGUAGGGGCAUGCUCUCUAAAGUUAAAAGUCCUGUCCAUCUCAUUUCAGACACACAGAGUUGCAAACAGCUCAGUGAACAGCUUGUUGAACGCAGCUCUGCUCCAUGUGUCCUAGCUAGAUUCUGACCUGAACUGGCUUCCCGUCCAUCUCACGGCUGUGAUGUCAUUGUUUUGGGUUUUUAGCUGCUAACUGAGCUCUGUAAAAUAGACAUGUGUGUUUUAAUAUGACAGAAUUUGUCAAUUAAAGUUGUCUAAUGUUUAAUGAC